AUGUCUAAUGCCAAUGGAAUGCCCACUCCAAUGGUUUCUAGUAGCAAACUCUCCAAAGUUGGGUCUGAUGUAGUGUCUGAUCCUACUCUAUUUAGAUCUGUUGUUGGUGCUUUGCAAUAUGCUACAUUGACAAGGCCCAAAAUCUCAUUUUCUGUGAAUAAAGUCUGCCAGUUUCUGUCAAAUCCAUUAGAGGAUCACUGGAAGGCUGUAAAGAGGAUAUUGAGGUAUCUAAGUGGCACUUUUCAUCAUGGUCUUAUCAUUCAGCCUGCAUCAGUUCAGCAACCUCUGUCUUUGCUUGGGUUCUGUGAUGCUGAUUGGGCAUUAGAUCCUGAUGACAGAAGGUCUACUUCGGGGGCUUGUGUGUUCCUUGGUCCUAAUAUUGUGUCUUAG